CGGGUUUCCAGCCUGCUAAAGGUUCCGCUCCGUCCCCAGCCGUCUGCUCACGCUGGACGGGAGUCCUGAUGAAGGUGAGCGUGUCGCCCGACUCUCCGCUCACCUGAGACACCCGCACGGCCGUGUUGUGGGCCCGCACGCUGACGCCCGCCCUCCGGCCGAGAAGAGGACGAAAGUCCCGCCGCCACAAGGAUGAAGCGGCUCCCGGUGCUCGCCCUGCUCCUGUGGGUGUGCGCGGUGUACUUCGUGGGCAUCUACCUGUUCGUGGGCGGCUUCCUGCUCGUGCGGCUGGAGGUGAACCGGACCAGCAGCUGCGGGGACGUGCUGGAGCCCGGAGAAGAGCCGGGGGACUUCUGCCGCUCCCCGCCGCGCUUCAGCAGGCUCGUCCUCCUCAUCGUCGACGCCCUGAAGAUCGACUUCGCCCGGUUCGACCCCGGCAACACGGCCCCGCGGCCCUACGAGAACAAGCUGCCGGUGCUGGGGGAGACCGUGACGUCCAGACCGCUCCAGAGCCGCCUGUACCCGUUCCGCGCGGACCCCCCCACCACCACCAUGCAGAGGAUCAAGGGCUUCACCACCGGCUCCCUGCCCACCUUCGUGGAUGUGGGUAAUAACUUUGCGUCCAGUGCAAUUCUUGAGGACAAUCUCAUCCACCAGCUGGGGCAAGUGGGCAAGCGUGUGGUUUUCAUGGGUGACGACACCUGGGAGAAUCUUUUUCCAAAGAAGUUCUACCGCUCCUUACCUUUCCCCUCUUUCAACGUCAAGGAUCUGCACACUGUGGAUAACGGGAUCCUGCAGCACCUCUACUCAACCAUGGUUGGGAAGGACUGGGAUGUUCUGGUUGCUCAUUUCCUUGGCGUUGAUCACUGCGGUCACAGGUUUGGCCCCGACCACCCGGCCAUGGCCGACAAGCUCACCCAAAUGAACGGAGUCAUCAGCUCUGUGAUUGACCGGCUGGAAAACGACACCCUCCUGGUGGUGAUGGGAGAUCACGGGAUGACCGACACUGGAGAUCAUGGUGGAGAAAGUCAAAAAGAGACUGAUGCUGCCAUCUUCCUCUACAGUCCUUCCCCAAUUUUCCCUGGAUCACCGUCGCAGACGGAGCCGGACGUCGUGCCCCAGACUGACCUGGUUCCCACCCUGGCUCUGCUGUUGGGGAUUCCCAUCCCGUACAGCAGCGUGGGCCAAGUUCUCCUGCCUCUGUUCCCUCCUCACGGGCAGAAAGGUGCAGCUGGAGGCAUCAGCCAGCUGGAGGCGCUGUGGAUCAAUGCAAAGCAGGUGAACCGGUUCCUGGACACCUACUCCAGCAUGGCCAGAGACAUUCCCCCAGAGAGCCUCCGUCAGCUGAGGGCCCACUUCUCCCGCCUCUCCUCCGAGUACCUCGCCGCGGUCAGAGACGGCCGCUCGCCGUCCGCCAAGCUCAACUCGUCCCUGCAGCUCUACCUCACCUCGGUCAGGGACACCUGCCGCGCCACCUGGGCUCGGUUCAACCACGUAAAGAUGGCGGCGGGGUUGGCCAUCCUGGCCUUGGCCUGCCUGAUGUGCUUCGUUCUGUCCGAACUGUCCCAGGCACUGAUCAGGGAGGGCGGCGUCGGGCCGAAGGCCCCCGUCCUCGUGGCGCUGAUGUCGGCUGCCGCGGCGGCCGCCGCCCAGCUGCUGGCGCGCGGCUCCGUGGAGGCGGCGUGGUGCCUGGCGGCCGGCGCGUUAGGCUCCGAGCUCCUCUUCCUCUGGAGAGCUCGUCGACUGAACACCCCGACCGCGUCAAAGAACGGAGGCAAAGCGCCGAAGGCCGCCGGCUGGCUGACCCCGCGUCAGCUCCUGGCGGCGCCGCUCCUGGUGUGGCUCCUCCGCUGCGCCGCCCUGCUGUCGGACUGCUACGUGAUCGGCGAAGGCCGCGUGGUGACCUUCCUUCUCUUCUCUCUGGCCAUUUACGUCCCCGUCCGCCUCAACUGGGACGGGCUCCUCCUGCCGCCGAGCCACGACCCCCUGAAGUCGGCGGGGCUGCUGCCGGCCCCCGCCGUCCCCGCCGCCACCGUGAGGAAGGAAGGCCACACCCUGCUGGCGUGCCUGGGCCUCCUGGUCGGCAGCCUCUACCUCUCGCUGUCCUUCCACGCCUGUCGCGAGGAGCAGGGCUCCUGCCAGCCGUCGCCGUUCCUCUCCCCUCUGUCCCGCCUGCAGAGCAGCCAGCUGAAGAACCUCCACUACGUGCUGUCGGUCGCCUCCCUCGGGAUGUGGGCCUUCCUUCUGCGCCGCUGCCUCUGCCACUACGGGAACCUCAACUCGUCGGGCGGGACGGUGUUCGCGGCGCGCUGGAUCCUGCCGCUGCUGUCGGUGUGCCUGGGCCUCCACUGGGCGGUGAGCGCCACGCCGGACGACAGCUUCCGGAACCUGUCGGAGCUGAUCGGCCUGGCGCACGUGGCCCUGCCCCGGGCGGCGUUCUGCCUCCUGGCGCUGGGGCUGGCCCUGAUCUGGCUCGACCCCCUCACCGUCUUCGUCAAGGCCCGGGCCGCCGCUUCCGCCAGGAGCUUGACUCUGCCGCCUCCCCGCUACCGGGCGAGCACGGGCAUCAGCCCCCAGGCCGAACUGCAUCACCUCAUCCCCCAGAUCUACCAGCGCAUGCGCCGCUGCCUGGACGACGACGCCGGCGGCGGCGGCGAGCCCGGCGGGGGCGGCGAGGCGGACAACCGGCCCGCCGUGGAGGCGUACGGCCUCGGGACGGUCUACUCCGCCCCCACGCUGCUGUUCUGCGGCCUGCUGGGACUCGGCCUGCUGCUGCUGCACCCGGAGGGCAUGGCCCUGUCGUUCCUCCUGCUGCUGCUGGAAAUGGGAUCCCUGCUGCACAUCCACGCCUCCUCCACAGCGCUCGGCGGCCUGCAGGGGGCGUACUCCGGUGGGUUCGCCGUGCCCUGGACGCCCGUGGUGCUGUGGUCGCUGGCCGCCGCCCAGUUCUUCCACGCCACGGGUCACCUCCCCACCUUCCCCUCCAUCCAGUGGAGCGCCGCGUUCGUGGGAUUCCCAGAUGGACACACAGGCACCAUACUGCCCGCCUCGCUCGUUACCCUCAACACAUUCGCCUCGCACAUUCUGUUUGCAGUGGGGUGUCCGCUGCUGCUCUUCUGGCCCCUGGUGCGAGAGGUGCGUGGGGGCCGAGCAGGGCGGGCCUGCGGGGAGGAAGGCGAGGACGCCGUCAUGGAGAUGAGGCUGAGAGAAAACCCCCAGCAGUUCAGCGCCGCCCUCCUCCAACUGUCAACACGCUACCUCUUUAUUAACGGAGCGCAGGUCUUCGCUUCAGUCUGUGCAGCUGCUAUUCUCAGGAGACACCUAAUGGUGUGGAAGGUUUUCGCACCCAAGCUAAUGUUCGAGGCCUCUGGAUUCCUGGUGAGCAGCGUCUUCCUGCUGAUCGGGGUCACGCUGGUCCUGAGAGUCGACGUGGCCGUGAGCAGCUGGUUUAAGAGACUCGUCCCGGACGCGUCCAGGUAGCGACGGCGCGGCCGCCGCUGCCUUUUCCGGCGGAGCCCAGCAGAGCCCACUGUGCCACCGAGCAAAGACACGCCGAGGUCCAGGAAUUAUCCUCACACACUCCCGGGGGCGACGUCGAGCCACAACCGACGCUCUGAAGGAAGUAUGACGCUUCAGCUCUUGGAAACUGAGACUUUUUUUGAUUCCUUUGAAGGCGUUUCACAGCUGGUGAUGAAUGUUUCUCUUAAACUUGUGUUUUCUAACUUAAGCAAGGCUUAAAAGAUUUGGUUCACUAAUUGUAUGAGAGUCAGCAAGCAUUACUGAGGUUUACAAGUUCUCCUUGCCUGCCACAGCCGAUUCUCAGCAUUUGAAUAAUGUGAUCUUUCUUAUUUGAGGGUUUUUUGUACUCCAUAUUCGCUGGUGCUACAUGCAGUGCGGUGAUCAAAUUGGCAAUUUGAUCGAUUAGAUUCAUGUUUAAGGACUGCUGUUUGACACUGUUCCAGUGUAUUAGAUGUCCACGAUUGUCCUGCUGAGAACAGACUAUUGUUUAUCUUGUCUGUGCCUUGAAGGUUCACUGUGACAUCCAGCCGGCUCAUUUACGGAGCUGCUCAACACGGAUUUCCCUCUAUUCUGAGCAUUUUGAUCUCUUUGCGGUGUUUAAACAGAACUUAAACCUGUUUCAAAAAGGAAGCAGAGAAAGAUUUUUUUUUUAAUGUGAAGGGACUUUUACAAAUUUGGAUUUACACAGGUGGAGGGAGGUUCGGUGUCUGUGAAGCAACGUCAUGAUCAGUUUGAAAUCCAUCCAAGUGCAUUGCAGCAUGUCUGCUGGAGGAACCUCUCAUCUCAUGUGUUUUGUACGAUUCAGUAUCUGAAACUACCAGUUUUUCUGGCAACUGCCAAAUGUCAUGUUAAAGUCAUUGUUUUUACACAGUCCUGGGUUUUCAAUCAAUGGGGUUUGAUUUCUAGGGGGGACAUGAGUGAAUUUUAGAUAUUUUUACUGACUGACGAUACAUUUUCUAAUCUCAAUUCCAGCUUUUCCUUUGAUUAGACCCCUCACAUUCUCAGAAUAGGUGCCUAGCUUUAUCAAAUGCCUUCUUUCUUUUCUUUUUUCUUUUUUUGUUGGGGGGGCGGUGUCAUGAAGUGGACUGGUUUAAUAAAUCCAGGACGUGCAGAAACGUAUUUUAUUCCUGCUGAGCGUCUGAGUCGGCGUGCAGUUUAAAAGAUGUGUCCUGCAGCUGUGGUCAGCAGCUCAGGCUCAUUAGCUAAUGCACGAUGUGGAAGGCGCGUCAAACCCGGUCUGAAUCGGCUGCAGCAGCACUGCUGCGUAGGAGCUGUCGCUUUGAGGUACGGGUCGGCUGUUCCUAAUUUAAAGUGAUUAAUAUAUAAAUAACUGUUGAUUUACAAUGAUUUUACAUCUGUGAAAACUGUAAUAAAAGAUUUUCUACUUGA